AUGCAAGAUAAGAGACCUAUAGCCUACUUUAGUGAGAAGUUAAGUGGUGCAGCUCUCAGCUAUCAUAUGUAUGACAAGGAGCUCUAUUCACUUGUUCGAGCCUUGGAGAUUGGCAGCAUUACAUGUGGCCAAAAGAAAACUUUUCCAUAUGUCAUUCGUUACAAACAAGGUAAGAAAAAUGUAGUAGCAGAUGUAUUGUCGCGAAAGUAUGUGCUUUUAACUACUUUAAGUGCAAAAUUGCUUGAUUUUGAGUACAUUAAGGACAUGUAUGCUAAUGAUUUUGAAUUUUUCAAUAUUUACAAUUCAUGUCAUAAGGGGGCUGUAGAUAAGUUCUUUAAGCAUGAGGG